GAACACUUCCUUGUUCCACUAAAAGCCAGGUGGGCUGUGCCUAACUACACAGUCAGCCUUCAAAAAUCACACCAGUCGCCACCAGAGGUUGUUUUCCACUCAUUUUAAACAGAAUCCAGGACGUGGGGGGGAAAAAAACAAAAAAACUAUUUUCAACAUGGACGGUACCGAUUCCAAAGUCAAUCUUGGUUCGAUCCCUCUGGUUGCGCUUAAUGUGACCGUAAGGAAAAAGUUGGGACUUUAUCUGAACCCCAAACACACGGUGGCUGCCGACUGGACGGCUGUAGCGGAGACCAUGGGCUUCUCUUACCUGGAGAUAAAGAACUACGAGGCUUCCAGGAACCCCACCAAGACCAUCCUAGACGACUGGGCGGCUCGGAACUCUGAGACUUCGGUCGGAAAGUUGGUCUCUAUUCUGGAGGAGGUGGAGAGGAAAGACAUCGUGGAAGAUCUCCGACCUUUGAUAGACGAGGACGUCAGGAAAUACCUUGAGACCCAAAAGAAGAAAGCAGAGCCGCCAGUCCAGGUUCCUGAGGUCGACAGCUGUGUCCCUCGCACACCAGAGAGGUCUGGAAUCACUGUGGACGACAUCCCAGGAGGUAUCCCAGAGAUGUUUGAUGCCUUCAUCUGCUACUGCCAGAGCGACUUUGAGUUUGUCCUUGAGAUGAUCCGGGAGUUGGAGCAGACAGAGUACAACUUGAAACUCUGCGUGUUCGACAGGAAUGUGCUCCCAGGCUCGUGUGUGUGGACCAUCACCAGUGAGCUGAUUGAGAGAAGGUGUAAGAGGAUGGUGGUGGUGAUUUCUGAUGAAUAUCUGGACAGCGAUGCCUGUGAUUUUCAGACCAAGUUCGCUCUUAGCCUCUGCCCUGGGGCUCGAAGUAAACGUCUCAUUCCAGUGGUCUACAAGUCGAUGACAAAACCGUUUCCCAGCAUCCUGCGUUUCUUGACAGUAUGUGACUACACUCGGCCCUGCACCCAGGCUUGGUUCUGGGUUCGGCUCGCCAAAGCACUCUCAUUGCCCUAACCACAGAGCAAGGAGUGGAUUUAUAUCUGUGGGUGCCUUUUCUUACUGCAUUGUAAGUUUUAUGUUGGACAAUGAUCAGAUGUUGCAGACUCAAAUGCAUUGUUUCCACAUAUAUCGGCAUGUCUGCUAAAGACGUGUGAAAAACCUUAAAAUAUGACCACAAGCUGAAAAUUUUAGAAACAUCAGACCUUCAUCUUUUAUAUGUUGGAUUGGUGAGGAAAAAGGCUGGAGGAAAUGGAUAAUUUUUUUUUACCAUUCCUCUGUCCUAUUUCCAAGACAGUGUCAUCUUUCAGUAUUUGCCUCUGUUUCAGUAUUAAUUUGUUUUGAAUACAUUAUCUGCUUGAAUGGCAAAACAAACAUUCAAAAUCCCAUGUGUGCUAUAAUAAGAUACAGUAUAUCUCUAUAAAUAAGGGUAAAUAUUUUAUUUUUCAGUGUGAGAUUGUGCUACUGCAAAAAGUAAAAUAAAAUGAAAAAUAAAUCAAAUAAAUAUUUUAAGGCUUUUUACACACAUUUACCAGGGAUGCCAAUAGAUAUUGUCGCCACUUUCUCCCUCUCUUUGUGUGUAUUGUUCUGGCACUGGAACACACUGAGGGUUUUAGCACAUUUUAAUUUACUUUCCCUUACAUUUCCAUUAUAAUUCAUUUCAUCUGGCACAACAUUAAAGUUACUAAAGUUACUAUGCUACUAAAGUAUGAAAGUUACAUUGCUUGUUAUUUUCUAAGUGUAGGACAUCUUUUCAGAUGCAGUGCAGGAUGUGCUACGUUUUCCGUAUAAGCUUUUUUAGGUGUCUAAUUUACUUCCUCUGUUGAGUCAACAUUAAGACAAGAUUGGAGCUGAGCAGGAAGUGAAAUUGUGACUGUAAUUAUUGCACAAGCUUAGCAGCUCUUUGCCUCGUGCUUUUUAUGUUUCAGAUUUAUAUGUUUACAAUGAAUUUUUAGAACUAUUUAAUUAUAAAUGAGUGUGUAUUUUACCUGCAUAAAUGUUUAGAAAAUGAUUGUUUGAAAUAAUUAUAAAUAAAACCACCCUUUUGUUCUAUUCUAUGGGGAGUUUUUGGUUU